UCCAACAUGGCGCUGUCCUGCUCCAGCCUGUGCAGCCAUUUGUCUUUGACCCGACUAUGUGGCCUCAGGACAAACAUGAUAACACAUGGGCUUUACUCUCCUUAUCUGUCCUGUCAGUCCAGGUUGCCCCUGUGCAGAUACUACUCCUCAUCCAAAGUGAGACGAGGUAUCGGUCGAUAUGUCGUCUCCAAAUUCCAGAGGGCAAAUGCCAAAUAUGAAGGUUUCCUCAAAAGGCGAUUUCCCCGCUUUUAUCAGCUCUAUCACACUUUCAGGGAAGGAUUCAAGCUACUGUUCCAAGAUGCCAAAGAUGUGCAGAGGAUAAAAGCAAAGAUGUUUUCUGAUGGAGUGCAAUAUAAGGAUUUGCCUUACAGGGAGAUGGAGAAGCUCAGACAGUUCCGCAGAGACAUAAUGAAGGCCCUUCCGCUGGUGGUGAUAUCAAUCCCUCCCUUUGCCAACUACCUGGUUUUUGUCUUGAUGUACUUUUUCCCACGUCAGCUCCUGAUCCCUCAUUUCUGGACUCCGAAGCAGCAAGUAGAGUUUCGGGGACUGUACCAUUCCCUCAGGGUCCGGCAGCACUGGCCAGUGCUCAAAGGGCUCGAGGAAACAAGCCAAAAGGUCAAAGAUGGACAGCUACAGAGUCGCCUGAAGGACCUGUGUGCUAAAGUGCAAAAUGGAGCAAACCCUAAAGUGUCUGAAAUCCUCGCUGUCCGGAGCCUGUUUUCUGGACCACCUCUGGGUAUACACAGGAUGAGUGUGGCUCGGAUGAGACUAGUCAGCCCCCUGCUCUUCCUGACUCCUCGCCUCCCGGGUGUCAUAGUGGGCCGGCGGCUGAACAGCCACGCCCUGGAGCUUCUCCUGCUGGACCGGGCCCUCAUCAGGAUGGGCCCCCACCAGUUGAGUGAGACCGAACUCAGACAGGCUUGUUAUUUAAGGGGGCUCCAUUCCAAUAGUCUUUCCAUUAAUCAAUACCGCGAGUGGUUAUCCCAAUGGCUUCAGGUUUCCUCCUCACUGAAAGACUCAGAGCUGUCACUCCUUUUGCACUGCAUAGUGUUUCUCUCUGCCAACUACCCGAACAGUGCCAGCCGACACUGACAGGAAGCCAGCAGCAAUCUGCUUUUGUUGAUUAGGUUCCCUUUUGUUCACUGGGCAGCACAGCUUCCUAAGAGCUGUCAACAUCUGUUCUUUGCAGCGGAAGAAACCUCCUUUUCUUGGUAAGAUUAUAAGGAUUAAGAAAACCCAAAACUUGAAAGGAUCCUGAUAAUACAAGAAGGCUUAAAACUGUGCUGUUUGCCAAAUACAUACCAACUUAACAGGAUUUAUUUGGGAAAAAUAGGAAGAAUCUAUUCUGUCUUUAUCAGGGGAGUGGAAUGGUAUUCUACUUAAUAAAUUAGCACAAGACGGGUAUUUUGAUUCGAAAAUCUUAAUUAGUGGAGUUCUCAUGUAAUUCAGCCUUCAAGAGGGAGGUAAACUGAUUCUUAUGUUCUGAACCAUGUUAGGUGGCGUUGUUGAGGUGAGAUACCCAUCGCUGUAUUUCAAGCUUGUGGCUGUUAAGCUCAGCCUCGUCAUUUGUUUACUUCUAAGCUAACAAAUCAUUACACACCUACAGAAACAAAGAGAAUAUUGUUUAGUAAAAGUUCAGCUGGACUUUGUGCUGUUAAUAUUUGACUUGUGGAGUUGUAAAAAAAAAAAUUCAAACUCAUUCCUCUCAUUAAAAUACAGGGAAAAAAAAUCGCUUUCAUGUGGGCGUGUUAAAUGUGUUAACAUGUUCACAUAAAACACGUACUGUAGCUUCUCAUACAUUUACCUCACUUUGUGCUUCGCUGUUACUUCUUCACAAAUUAUAAUGCUGGUCAGAGGGGAGUUUUCUUGCAACAGUUUUAAGGGAAUUAAAUAAGUUUGACAACAAGGAACAACUGGUCGACAUGAAAAAUCAGUAGAUUAAACAAAGGCACCUUUUUAAAACAAAAAAUGUUGACGGAUCCUUUAUAGUGAUUGAAAGAAAAGCCUUAUUAUUGUUUGCAAUUGCAAAAACACACAAGAUUGUUUGUGUGUUGAAAACCUGAACUUGUGAAGCACAUCAUUUACAAGCUGUCUGAAAUAAGUAGGGAUGGCACUUUCAUUUAUUAUUUACUUAAUGUUUUCUUGAUUUGGAGGCUUAAGAUGACAUUAACUUAUCCUGACAUUAACUUAUCCUGGUCAGACCACACAGAAUUGCUAGUGUUUUGCUAAAUUCAGUGCAGCAGUACAAGAGGAACUGCAGGUCCUUUGUGCGAGUGUUUGGUGUCGUAAAAUGUUAAAUAGGAAAUGUCACAUACUUCCUGUGCCUUUCGCAAGGACUGACAAGAUACAUCUGAAAUACAAACUGCAUAAGCUCUUUUCUGUUUAAUAUUCAACAUUAUAUAUAU